AUUACCCAUAAUGCUCUAGUGCUUAGUGUUUUCUUUUUUUUCCGGAAGUAGCAUCACAUGAAUUGACUGUCAACAUGCAAGAUGGCCACGCAUCACAGGCAAAACGCUGCUGGGCGGAGAAAAGUACAGGUGUCCUAUGUCAUUAGAGAUGAGGUGGAGAAGUACAACCGAAAUGGGGUGAAUGCACUCCAGCUAGACCCUGCGCUCAACCGGCUCUUCACUGCUGGAAGAGACUCCAUCAUCCGGAUAUGGAGUGUCUACCAGCAUAAGCAGGAUCCUUACAUUGCCUCAAUGGAGCAUCAUACAGACUGGGUUAAUGACAUAGUUCUCUGUUGCAACGGCAAAACAUUGAUAUCUGCCUCAUCAGACACAACAGUCAAAGUAUGGAACGCGCACAAAGGCUUCUGUAUGUCGACGUUACGAACACACAAGGACUACGUGAAAGCUCUGGCCUACGCUAAGGACAAGGAGCUUGUGGCAUCAGCAGGUCUCGACCGACAGAUCUUUCUUUGGGAUGUGAACACACUAACAGCACUCACUGCUUCCAACAACACUGUCACCACCUCGUCACUCAGUGGGAACAAGGACUCUAUCUACAGUCUGGCUAUGAACCAGAUGGGCACAGUCAUUGUAUCUGGAUCCACAGAAAAGGUUCUGAGGGUGUGGGAUCCUCGCACAUGUGCAAAACUGAUGAAGCUAAAAGGUCACACAGACAACGUCAAGUCGUUGCUGCUGAAUCGCGAUGGCACUCAAUGCCUGUCGGGCAGCUCGGACGGGACCAUCCGGCUGUGGUCACUCGGCCAGCAGAGGUGCAUCGCCACCUACCGGGUGCACGACGAAGGUGUCUGGGCGCUGCAGGUCAAUGAGGCCUUUACACACGUCUACUCUGGAGGCAGAGACAAAAAGAUCUACUGCACCGACCUGCGUAACCCGGACAUCCGUGUGCUCAUCUGUGAGGAGAAGGCCCCGGUGCUCAAAAUGGAACUGGACAGAUCUGCUGACCCACCUCCAGCAAUCUGGGUCUCCACCACCAAGUCAUCCGUUAAUAAAUGGUCUCUAAAGGGAAUGCACAACUUCCGAUCAUCAGGGGAGUAUGACAAUGACUGCACCACCCCUCUGACACCACUGUGUACUCAGCCAGAACAAGUCAUCAAGGGAGGUGCCAGUAUCAUACAGUGCCACAUUCUGAAUGACAAGAGACACAUACUCACCAAAGACACCAACAACAACGUGGCUUUCUGGGAUGUCCUGAAGGCUUGCAAGGGUGAGGACUUGGGGAAAGUGGAGUUCGACGAAGAGAUCAAAAAGCGCUUCAAGAUGGUCUACGUGCCAAACUGGUUCUCUGUCGAUCUGAAAACUGGGAUGCUCACUAUCACAUUGGACGAGAGCGACUGCUUCGCUGCCUGGGUGUCCGCAAAGGACGCUGGGUUUUCAAGCUCCGAUGGAUCCGACCCGAAGCUGAACCUGGGUGGACUGCUGCUCCAGGCCCUGCUGGAGUUCUGGCCCAGAACUCGCAUCAACCCCAUGGACGAGGAAGAGAACGAGGUGAACCACGUGAACGGCGAGCAGGAGACCAGGGUCCAGAAAGGAAAUGGAUAUUUCCAAGUGCCACCACACACGCCAGUCAUCUUCGGGGAAGCAGGAGGCAGAACUCUAUUUAGGUUGCUAUGUAGAGAUUCGGGCGGAGAGACCGAGUCGAUGCUGCUGAACGAGACCGUUCCACAGUGGGUUAUUGAUAUAACUGUAGAUAAAAAUAUGCCCAAGUUCAACAAAAUCCCGUUCUACCUCCAGCCCCACUCUUCCUCUGGUGCAAAAACUCUAAAGAAGGACCGCCUGUCGGCCAGCGACAUGCUCCAGGUGAGGAAGGUGAUGGAGCACGUUUACGAGAAGAUCAUCAACCUGGACAACGAGUCGCAGACCACCAGCUCCUCGGCCAACGAUAAGCCGGGGGAGCAGGAGAAGGAGGAGGACAUGGCCAUGCUAGCCGAGGAGAAGAUCGAACUAAUGUGUCAAGACCAGGUUCUAGAUCCCAACAUGGACCUGAGAACAGUUAAACAUUUUAUCUGGAAGAGCGGAGGGGACUUGACGCUUCACUAUAGGCAGAAGUCCACGUGAAAAUCCUAAUUUUUAAAAACAAGAACUCUUCGUCAUUUGCCAAUCACCACCCACCUCCGACAUGUAGUACCCUUAACCCCAUUGUGUGGUCAAGAGUCGCAGUAUCAAUGAGAAUCCAGUAAAAUUUGUGAGGACGAGGCUCACGGUGUAUCAUAGGGAACUGACCAGAACAGGCCGGAUCAGCCAAGAGACACCUGGGAAAUAUAAGUGGUCCGUAGUUAAAUUUUUUUUCAGUUUGAAGAAAGGACUGUUUUCUCCAGCACUCACCAAUUUCUUUCUUUUUCUUUUUUUUUACUUUGUUUCUUUCCUUCUGAUUGGCAUUUUAUUUCAAAGCGACAGAAGUUGCAGUACGUGUUUGUGUUCGAGUGUGUGUGUGUAUAACGCACAUGGAUGUAGUAGACUGUUUGUUUGUUCUAGUACAUUCCAGAAACUGUCCUUGUUCCACAAACACUCCACAACCUGUCUCAGCAGCGUCACCAGUUUAGGGGUACACUCUGUCUGCGGGUAGCGUCGCGGGCCCUCAAAGCAAUCCUCCUCCGUUCUGCUGUCAUCUUAACUUGAACUUAACUUUAGACAUCUAAUUAUUGCAGAGCUUGAACCUCAUUGACAGAAGCACUCGUCUUUGUCAUUUAUUUUUUAGCUGUGCUGUUCUCAAUGGACUGAAUGUUCUUUGUUUUUGUAAAUAUAUGUACAACAUCUUUUUGAUUUAAGUGGCUUUUGUUUUUCUUUUUGGUUUUGCAGCAGUUUUAUUUUGUCGUUGUACAGUUUAAACCGACAAUUAUUUUCUCCAAAUCCCUAGAGCACAUUCAUGGUCAUGAAGGUAAUUUGACUUGGAUGUUAUAAAAAGUUGUUGUAUUCACUACAACCCCGAAAUUGCAUUUUAGUCUUAAGAAUGUUAGUAGUCGUCCAAGUCAUUUUAGCAAUCGGGAAAUUAUAUAUAAGGUAUAUAUCUUUAUUAACUCAUGCUUCCCCACUCUGUGCUUGGGUCAUGAGCAGUGACUUUGAUGACAGUGAGGGCUGUUCCUAAUGUAUAUUUCAUUUAGAUUUAAUAGUUCAAAUGAAUCAUGAAUAUAACUUGAAGGGGAAUCUCAUCCAAGAGAAUAUCUGAAUAUUCAACCACUGUUGGGAAUUCACCAAAGUAAAAAAUAAACGGGGAAUACCCAGUUCUCUUGGUGUGUCGCCCAAGCAGAACGACAGAUCUUUUCAUUGUAAAUUUUCUGCAGUUAAUUUUUGCCAGGAAGAGUGUGUGUGUGUGUAUUGCCAUAGCGAGGGACGCAUCGAGUGAGCUCUAAUUGGCCAAAAACAUGAUGGGUACCAUAAUUAGGCCACGACACUGCAAUAUCCCUUGUUGUAAUAAUUUGUGAAAUAUGUAUAUUUUAGGCAUUCGAAGAAAUAAAUUGGAAUGGUUUAACAAUGA